CUGCAGGAGAAGGUGGAGGGAAGGCCGGACAGGCGUGCUCGAGAACACCCGUUCUCGAGGGAAAUUCUAGCUGCACCAUUACUCGCGAGUUUCCAGGAGAUAAACUUGAUUUUUGAUGGGUCGAGCGAUCCACCAAGGCAUUUGAGGACAUUCGAAAACAUAUCUGUCUUGCACGGGUACUCGGAUCCGGUCAGUUGCAGGGCUUUCCUGUCGACCUUGCGAGGAGGCGCGCUCGACUGGUUCCACCAAUUAGCUCCCGGUUCGAUCAAAGACUUUGAGAAUUUCGUAGGACAACUUACCAAUCAAUAUUCAAGUGCGGUUGCGCAGGAGAAGACAUACAUCACUCUGAUGGCGAUGCGACAAAGCGAGAAAGAGUCCCUGCAGAAAUAUGUUGCUCGAUACAAUCAGAUGUGUUUAGAGGUGCCCACGGCGGGCGACGAGGUAAAGGCGGGAGGAUUGAUUAGGAGUCUGCGACCAGGACCAUGUCGAACAUCAUUAGCAAAGACGCCUGCUCAAACCUACGAUGAGGUGCUUAAGAGAUGCAAGAAGUACAUCAAUUUGGAAGAAACGGAGGCUGA